AUGCUUGGAUCUUUCUCUGUUACACCAUACCUCUCUAUAAUCUCAAAGAAGUGCCGUGAAGCAGCCGUAGGGCGUUUGUUCAUUUACCACAAAAUGCUCACUGACUUGGAAAGAAGAAGGGAAUUUGAAAACAAUCUCUUGAAGUCUGGCCUGGAAUUAGAAACAGAAGACAAAAAGGACUCCGAGGAUGGGCGAACUUACUUUGUCAAGAUCCAUGCCCCUUGGGAGGUGCUGACCACCUACGCAGAAGUGCUGAACAUAAAGAUGCCCAUUCGUGAGAAUGACAUUCCCCCAGCCAGCGAGAAUCCCUUUGAGUUUAUGUUUGAGCCUUUCCGGCUCCCAAAGAACGUGAUAAACCCCGAGCCGGACUACUUCACAGCCCCAUUCAGCAAGCAGAGGCAGGAGCUCUUCCUCAUCGAAGAUGAGAACACCUUUUUCUCACCAUCAGUGAGAAAUAGAAUUGUUUACUAUAUUCUCUCACGAUGCCCUUAUGGUACAGAAGAAGGAAAGAAAAAAUUUGGCAUUAAGAGACUACUAACCAAUGGUACCUAUUCGGCAGCUUACCCACUCCAUGAUUGCCAAUAUUGGAAGAAAGCGAAGGAUCAAACCUAUGGCAACGAGCGGUAUACCCUCUAUACACAAUGGGCUCGCUUCUUGAGGUUUUAUAAGGAGCAACCUUUAGAUCUGAUCAGGAGAUAUUAUGGAGAGAAAAUUGGCAUCUAUUUUGCCUGGUUGGGAUUCUAUACCGAGAUGCUGUUCUAUGCGGCAGUUGUUGGCCUAAUCUGUUUUUUCUAUGGUUUGAUUACAAUGACAGACAACAUGAGCAGCAUAGAAAUCUGCAAUGAGACCAUUGGAGGAGAGAUCAUCAUGUGUCCUCUUUGUGAUGUGAGGUGUGAAUAUUGGAAAUUGAAUACUACAUGUGAAUCCUCGAGGUAUUCCCACUUGUUUGAUAAUGUGGCCACGCUAUUUUUUGCAAUAUUCAUGGGAAUAUGGGUUACCUUAUUCCUAGAAUUUUGGAAACGACGGCAGGCCCGGCUAGAGUAUGAGUGGGACUUGGUGGACUUUGAGGAGGAACAGCAGCAACUUCAGUUGAGACCUGAAUAUGAAGCCAAGUGUACUCAAAAGAAAAAGAACCCAGUGACCCAGGAACUGGAGCCUUACUUGCCGCUUACUAGUCAGGCGGUGCGGUUCUGUUUUUCUGGAGCUACCGUGAUGUUCUGGAUCUUUCUAAUCAUAGCCAGUAUGAUAGCAGUGAUUGUGUACCGCCUGUCAGUCUACGCGGCGUUUGCCAGCUUCAUGGAAUCCACACAAACUCUCCAGCCCAUCAGCAGCCUGUUGACACCCCAGUUGGCCACAUCGGUCACCGCAUCCUGUUUGAACUUUGUCAUCAUCAUGAUUCUGAAUUUCUUGUACGAGAGGAUAGCCAUCUGGAUCACAGAUAUGGAAAUUCCUCGAACCCACCUGGAAUAUGAGAACAGGCUCACGAUGAAAAUGUUCCUGUUCCAAUUUGUCAACUAUUACUCGUCAUGUUUUUAUGUGGCAUUCUUUAAAGGGAAAUUUGUGGGCUACCCAGGAGCCUACACAUACAUGUUCAACAAAUGGAGGAAUGAAGAGUGUGAUCCAGCAGGCUGCCUUAUAGAACUGACAACACAGCUGACCAUCAUCAUGGCUGGAAAACAGAUCUGGGGCAACAUCCAGGAAGCCAUUCUGCCUUGGAUUUGGAACUGGUGGAGACGCCGGAAAGCAAGGACAAACUCUGAGAAACUGUAUAGCCGAUGGGAGCAGGAUCAUGAUCUUCAGAGUUUUGGGGCUCUGGGUCUCUUCUACGAGUACUUAGAAAUGGUCAUCCAGUUUGGUUUCAUCACCCUGUUUGUGGCCUCCUUUCCUCUGGCUCCACUUCUUGCCCUCAUGAACAACAUUUUGGAAAUCCGAGUGGACUCUUGGAAGCUGACCACCCAGUACAGGAGGCCUGUGGCUGCCAAGGCCCAUAGCAUAGGAGUGUGGCAAGAAAUUCUCAACGGCAUGGCCGUCUUGUCUGUCGUUACUAAUGCCUUCAUUGUUGCCUUCACAUCGGACAUGAUUCCCCGUCUAGUUUAUUACUACGCCUACUCGACCGACAGCCAUUCCCCCAUGUCUGGGUACAUUAACAACAGCCUUUCCGUGUUCCAGAUCUCUGAUUUUCCAGCUAAUACUGCACCUAUGGAGAACACGGGUGCAUUCACUACUUGCAGAUAUAGAGAUUACCGUUAUCCUCCUGACCAUGAAAAGAAAUAUUUACACACCAUGCAGUUCUGGCACAUCCUUGCUGCCAAGAUGGCCUUCAUCAUUAUUAUGGAACACAUCGUUUUUCUUGUCAAAUUCUUUGUGGCCUGGAUGAUCCCUGAUGUCCCAGCAGAAGUGAAAGCCCGAAUCAAAAGGGAAAAGUUCCUGACCAUCCAAAUCCUCCAUGAGUAUGAGCUCCACAAACUCAAAGAGAAACUGUGCAAUAGGACAGAUGAUCAGAUGGAGAAGGAAGUUAUUGCCACACAAGGGAAAAGGGAUCUGGCCCAGGUGAUGGGAUAG